GUGGAAAAUGAUGAUCAAAAUCAGUCGUGAGUUGCACAAUGGCGCGUACAGUCGUUGUUUGAUGUAAAAUGUUGUUAUUAUCUUUGAAUAGUCGUUGUAACUGAAGCGGAGGCCGGCCCAAGUCCAUUUUGGACCGUUCCUGUUACGCCGAGUGAUAUUAAUAUUAAAAUAAUAUUCUCGACCCGCUUUAAAAAUAAUAUAUAUUUAAUUAUUCAUAACUUAAUUUAUUGAUUAAUUUCUAAACCGGAUAUAUACUUUAUAUAUUUGAAAAAAAAAAAAGUUUGUGAUAAAAAAACAGCAACAGCAACAAUACAAAAUACAAGGAUUACUGUGUAAUUAUUAUAGUGUUGAUGAAUAAUAUUUGUUUAUCAUCUAAAUGGCUCAAGACUGACUUAAUUUUCAAGAGAAUCUUAUCAGGGUAACUAUCAAGGUCCGUCCAGGAAUUUAAAACCAGUUUAAUAAAUAUCUGGCAAGGUCUUCAUCAUCAUAAAUAGGAUUGAAAAAUAAUAAAUUUAAUACAAGACGAAAGAGUGAUACAUCUUUUAUAAAUAAAAUUAAUAUAUUUAAAAUUGAUAAUACAAGCUACCAUAGUUACCUGGUUAAUUAUUUUACUUUACUUUACUUUGUGAGGUGAUAAUAAUUAAGAAAAAAAAAAUAUAAAACAAAUGCUUUUUGAAGGUAAUAAAAAAACAAAACACAUAUGUGCAAAAGAUUAGCUUGUUAGCAAUCACAAUUUGCAAUUAUUGUGUAGUAAUGUUAUAUACAGGAGAGAGAGAAAAUAUAUUAUAAAUCUGAAAUACACCAGCAAGAGUGUUCCAAUUCGUUGAAGGUCAAGCGAAUCAAGUGAAUUGCAUUUUAAAAAAAUAAAAUAAAAAAAUAUUAGUGUCAUUUGAGUGUUUAUAUAAUUGUGUUGUUGUGGUGUCUAUUUAGUGCCUAAAAAAAAAAACAUCAUUGUCAUAAUAAUUUAAAAGUGUUAAAAAAAUUAAUAAUUUUCAAUAUGAGAUUAGCAAAUCGUCAGCAUCCGCUGCGUCUACAAGUAACACGUAUAAACAAUGGUAAAUUUUUGGUCAAUCAAAAUGGACAAAUACAACAACAGCAGGAUGUCAGUCCAACGAGAUGUGAUGACACAGCUCAGCAGCAACAACAACAACAACAACACCAACAUCAACAACAAUUGUUGCUUUUACAACAACAACAAUUACUUCAACAACAACAACAGCAGCAACAACAAAAACAACAACAACAGCCAAUAGUAACACCAGUUGUAUUUCCAAGCUGUGAAUCAGUACCAACUGAUAAUCAUGGACCAACAUUACUUGGUGAUAGAUUUUUAUUAAUUGGACCAGCUGAGGGUAGUGCACUUUAUCGUUGUGUUGAUGUUAAAACUGGUCAACAACUUGUUGCCAAGGCAUUAACAAGUGCUGAUCGCGGUGGUGAGUUACUUUUACAAGCUCACAUGCGACUUGCUGAUAAAAAUGCUGUUAGUAAUGUUGCUGGUGUUAUUGAUGCACCAAAUGGAAAAAAAUAUUUACUACUUGAAGGUCAUCAUGGUGAUCUUCAUGCUUAUGUUAGAGCCAGAAGGAAAUUACGAGAACCAGAAGCAAGACGUUUAUUUCGUCAAGCAGCUAAAGCUGUAUCAAAGUGUCAUGAUAAUGGAGUUAUUCUCAGGGAUCUUAAGCUGAGAAAAUUUGUAUUUGCUGAUGAAGCAAGAACUCGUUUACGUCUUGAAAGUCUGGAAGAUGCAGUUAUUGUCGAUGAUAAUGAUGAUAAAUUGAGUGAUAGACGUGGUUGUCCAGCUUAUGUUGCACCAGAGGUAUUACGUUCUGGUAGAGCAUAUUCUGGUAAAGCUGCUGAUGUAUGGAGUCUUGGAAUAUUAUUAUAUACAAUGCUUGUUGGUCGUUAUCCAUUUAAUGAUGUUGAUCAUUCAUCAUUAUUUGCUAAAAUAUCACGUGGACAAUUUAAUGUACCUGAUACACUUGGUCCAAGAGCAAAAUGUCUCAUAAGAUGUUUAUUAAGACGUGAACCAAGUGAAAGACCAGACAGCAUUGAUGUCACAAGACAUCCUUGGAUAUCAAAACCACUUGUUAAUUCAUCACACACCAGUGGAAGAUCAUCAAAUAAUGAUCAACUUGUUCCUGACCAAUAAUUAUUAUCAAGACUGAAUCAUUUAAUAUUAUUAUCUUAUUAUUUUAUUAUUCCAAUUAAUAAUCAUUUAAUUAUUAUUUUUUUAUGAUUCAAACAGAAAAAAAAAUAAUAAUUCUUUUUUUCUUCAUUAGAUAUUUUAAAGAAACAAAAAAUAAGCAAGUCAAUAUUAUUACAUGUUUCUUUUAAAUAAAAAUUAAAAAGUCAAAAAUUCAUAUAAUUAUUGCAAAUAAUAAUUUGCUAAAUAAAUUCAGUUAAAUUAUUAAAAUCCUUUCUCUCGAAUUAAACUUGGUGGCUGUCGAGUUGAAAUAGGAUUUUAUUUAUUUAUUUAUUAUUUUUUUUGAUUAUUAUAAAUUGUAAAAUCAUUAAUUAUUUUUAUUUUCAAAUCUAAAUAACC